GUGGUGGAAAGCCCUAAUUGCUGCGAUUGCUGAUGGACCUUGGAAAGAAGGCUGCACUGGUGCCCCACUCCGCAGUCGGACACGAUCAGCCCGCGCCGGACAGAGCGGCUGCUCGCCCGCCGCCCCCCGCCAGCUCCGCGGGCCCCCGCGCUCCCCCGGCAGCCGCCGUCGUCCGCUGCUUGCGAGGAUACCGCCCGGCUGCCGCGAUCCAGGAUUUUACUUUCGCCUCGCCCUUUCCCCUCCUGCUCUGCUUGGAUUACUUGGCUGCUCUCGCUCGGUGAUCCCGCGGCAAUGGAGAAAUCCACUACAGUAUUAAUCCAAGGAGGUGCUUUGGGGACAGUUGGCAGUACAAUGGCUUCUCAGUACCUCAUAGUGGCUCUCGCCGUUUUCUCCUCUUUUACCCAGGUUGUAAUAGAAGCCAGCUCGUGGUGGUCUUUAGGGAUGAACCCUAUGAACCCCAUGAACCCUGUUCAGAUGUCAGAGGUGUAUAUAAUAGGAGCCCAGCCACUAUGUAGCCAGCUAGCAGGGCUUUCCCAAGGACAGAAGAAACUCUGCCAAUUGUAUCAGGACCAUAUGCAGUUCAUUGGAGAGGGUGCAAAGACGGGCAUUAAGGAGUGCCAGUAUCAGUUCAGACAUAGAAGAUGGAAUUGCAGCACUGUGGACAACAACUCUGUUUUUGGCAGAGUCAUGCAGAUAGGCAGCCGGGAGACGGCGUUCACCUACGCGGUGAGUGCGGCCGGGGUGGUCAACGCCAUGAGCCGUGCCUGCCGGGAGGGCGAACUCUCCUCCUGCGGCUGCAGCCGGGCGGCACGGCCCAAGGACUUACCCCGGGACUGGCUUUGGGGUGGCUGUGGGGAUAACAUCGAUUAUGGAUAUCGCUUCGCCAAGGAAUUUGUUGAUGCACGGGAGCGUGAGAGAGUUUACCAGAGAGGCUCCUACGAGAGCGCCCGCAUCUUGAUGAACCUGCACAACAACGAGGCUGGGAGGAGAACUGUGUACAACCUGGCUGAUGUGGCUUGCAAGUGCCAUGGCGUCUCUGGUUCCUGUAGCCUGAAGACCUGUUGGCUGCAGCUUGCCGAUUUCCGCAAGGUGGGCGAUGCCCUGAAGGAGAAAUACGAUAGCGCUGCCGCCAUGAAACUCAACAGCCGGGGCAAGCUGGUGCAAGUGAACAGCCGCUUCAAUCCACCCACCAACCACGACCUGGUCUACAUCGAUCCCAGCCCUGACUACUGCGUGCGCAACGAGAGCACCGGGUCCCUGGGCACCCAGGGCCGCCUUUGCAAUAAGACCUCGGAGGGCAUGGAUGGCUGUGAACUCAUGUGCUGUGGCCGGGGCUACGACCAGUUCAAGACGGUGCAGCGGGAGCGCUGCCACUGCAAGUUCCACUGGUGCUGCUACGUGAAAUGCAAGUUGUGCACAGAGAUUGUGGACCAAUUUGUGUGCAAGUAGGGGACGGAUGAGGUGGGAGGAACUGCAGCUGCCUGCCAGCAAGGGGUGCAGGGCCCCUCUCCCUUUCCAUAGGACUAUCUUCACUUUAUUUAUAGAGUCCAACGAGUUGUCGUCUUCUUAAACGGGGAAAAAAAAAAAAAAAGGGGGGGUAGGGAAAGGAAAAAGAAAAAAAAAAAAGAAAAAAAAAAGAAAAAUAUAAAGGUUGCAAAGAGAAGUGCCUGGAAACCCUCUCUGCGUCCAUCCCAGAACUGUGUGCGGCCUGUAUUUUUGGCAAUAAUGGAGGAGAACCUGAGAAUAUUUAUUUUACAAAGUAAAAAAAUAAAAAAAAUUGAAUUUUCUUAAAAACAAUAGAGUAGUUUGAGGGGAAAAUCCGACAUAUCCUAAUUUAGACCCGUGGGACCUAAUACAUGUGCAGUAGGCAGAGCAACCAUGUAAUGUGCUUGGGAUGUUAGAACAAUCCUUAUGUAUGUCAGGAACACACAGGCUUGUCCAUGACUUUUAGUUUCAGACACUAGAAGUUACCAGAAUAGGGUAUCUAAAGCUGUUCAGAACAUGUAGGGCUCUGUAAAUAAGGGGUGGUAUAUUCAUCACAAGGUGCAGUGUCAGUUGCAUAUCUGAACGUGCUUGUUUAAGUACGUGAUGCCAUUGGAGGGUAAAGAGCAAAGGAUCGUAAAGGCUUUAACCACGCUAUUCCUGAGCGUCUGCCUCCAGAAACUAACAAGACCCUAAAAAAGAUUUUAAAAAACCCUGCCUUUACAAAUAGUAAGUAUGUUAUUCAAAGCAGAAUUUGGCCUUAUCAGCUAAUUGUGAUGUUCAAGUGUCUCAUCUUACUGAGCAGUACUUCACUACUGCUGAGUGUGGAGAGCAGCUGAGGGGCAGGUUGUGGGGAGCCCUGUGCUGGGUGGAGAGGAGCUGCCUGCGUGCAAACAGUUUCAGUCUCCCAGCCUGGAAAGCCCAGAGAAAAUACAAUUCCCCAAAUUUGAAAAUGCCUUAAAAAUGGUGUAAUAGCUGGCUGUCUUUCAAAACACAGCUUGACAAAUAAGUCCUCUAAUUUUAUGUGAGAAAAUAAAUCAUUAGAUAUCCGCUCUUGGAAUGAUUGUUUUUUAUUUUUUUCACAGAUUUUGGGAACGCUUUCACUCAAGGAGACAAUAGUUUCUUAUUUUAAUAAUGUUGACUGGCUAUUAUAGUUCAAUGAAAUGUUGCAGCAAUACCAAAUUUAUCAUCCUAUGUCUUUAAUACACAUGCUUUAGAUAAUAUAUUGCAGAUAUACACUACAACUGUUCAGACUAUACUCGAGCAGUUACAUAUAUAUGAGAGAACUGUGGUCUGCUGGUGUCUGGUAUUUCAGAGCUUUUUGUACAUAUAUAUUUUAAUGAUUUAAGGAAUCAUAAAGCUUCUAAAUUACAGGAGCAGUUCAUUCCCCAUUUUCUUUUUCACAUCUCUUCAGGUUUUUAGAUUGAUUCUAACCUUUUGAUUUUUUUAAAAAAUUAUUUUUUAAAAAGCUUUUAUAAUUCAAAAGUUUUAAGGAAAAUUACAAAGAAAUAAGCCUCUUCCCAGCUUUAGGACUUUUUUGGGAGGUUGUUAGAGGCAGCACCAUGCACUUGAAUUGAUACUGUUCUGGAGAUCACUUCUAUUCCACUCUCUCAUUAAGGGCAUUAUUGAUUAUUGCUGAAAAGAGAUACCUUCUGACUCUAAAAUGUGCUGCAUGUAGCCCUUGUGUUUCAGUUUCUGAAAUGGAUAUUGCUAUUUGUUGAACAAUCUGUGUUCCCCCCAGUGCUGUGCAUUUACAGUGGUUCAGAUGCCUCUUUCCAACACAGUUCCAUCCACCAAGUUCAAGAAAAUGGUUUUGCAAACACCACGUGAGGAAAAAAAAGUAAAUCACUUCAGCCUAGUUGUACUAAAGCCUUAAUCUUUCACAAGCCUUUAAGCUGUAUCAUUAAGUUCAUCUUGAUCAUGUAUCAGCUUCUUGAAUGGCGCUUUAUUGCUCUUAAUUUAUUGUACAAGGACAUAUUUACCCCUCAUCUUCAGAUGUUUGCAAAGAAUAUCUUUAAAGUAAGAUAAAUAAACAAAGCACUAAUUAAUUGGUUAUGUCACUUUGGUUUUUAUUGUACAAAAACCGUGAUAAUUUUUUUCAUUUGCUAAAUCACCUCUUGUUCCUUUUUAGUGACUUGUCUGAGCAGAACUGAAUCUCACGAUCCUAGCUAUUAAAACAGUAUUUAAUGUAAAAUAUUUUACUUGUCAUUCAGAUAUGUAAAUCUUCUAUGUCCUUUCCUCUAUUCUGUACAUUUAAUGUACAUAUUUCUGUCUUGUGUGAUUUGUAUAUUUCACUGGUUUAAAAAAAAAAAAAGGAUUAUGCCAUAAUGGAAGAUAGACUGUAAAAAUAAAACUUUGGUUGUAUAUU